AUGUCCCAUAACACCACCCAUCUUUUUUUCAACCCUAGGUGUACACGUGACGCACAAACUAAGGUGGAGCUCAAUGGGGCGGCUCAGAAUGCGCACUUCUCCUUUGAGGCUUUCAGAUUUGUGGAGCACAAAAAUCUGACAGUUUCCACUUUCUACCUGCACUGCGUCACUAGACUCUGUGAGGUGUCGACGUGUAGCACAUUAAUGCCUAACUGUGGUUCUUCGAGUAGGAGAAAGAGAGAGACCCAGAAUGUGUCCGCCAAUACUACAGUCACCUCUCCCGCCAUAUUUGUGAGCAAACAGACCAACGGAGAACCUCAAACCUACAUGGCCUCUCAUGGUGUGGCAUCUGAGAGUAACUACAGCAGCCCCGUGGUGGCAGUAAUCAUCUGUAUUGUCGUCCUAGCUAUUCUUCUUGUUGCCAUGGCCAUCUACUUUGCAUUGUACAUCAGGCGGAGAAAACCAAUCAUCCAGUAAUUAACAUCCACUGACUGAAAGUGGAGACCCUACACUUAUCUCCCAUACUGCCAGUAUAAUGCUUCACCAUAUGCAAGUAAAUCAAUCAAUGAGAAACAAUAGUCAGAACAUCAUACUGUUUGCACUAUGUAGCUUUUCCAUUUCACAUAAAUAGCAUCAUAACACGGUGGUCAGCAGUUAUCUAAGCAUGCAACUUUAUAAUCAUUAUCAAUCACAUAGUUAAUUAUUGUGGAGAUGAGGGCACAGAUCUGUAUAAUAAUUGUGUAUUAUAAUUAAAUGUUAGUUUUAAUCAUGUUGUCAGAGUCAUAUUGUAUUAAAUGAAUGGUGGCACCUUUUCUAAAGAGUUAGAAAUGGUAUAUUUUUGCAGUGUUUUCAAUGAGAAUGAUGAAGAAAGUACUCAUGCUUUAUUCUGAAUCAUUAAA